AUGUCGCUGCACGGGGACGAGGCUUCCGCGCCGCUCAUCAAUCGCGUGAAGCAGCACGCCGUGCUCAAGUUUGAAAGGGGGCCCGCACAGGCCGUACACGUGCGCGACGUCGCAAAGGCUAUGGUCGCGGAUGGGAUCAACAAUGCGAAGAAGGUAGAGCUGAGCGAUAUUGAGUUCCGCUUUCGAAAGAGGCAGUAUGACUUGAUCGAGUAUUGGGGGGAGGAUAUCGUCUGGAUGGCGACUGAGAGGAGGGACGCGCAGAAGAGAGCGUGGCGGAGGAGGAAGGAGGAGCGGGAGGGGAAGAGAGUGUCAGAGUAUGCAAAGGUUGAAGGGGGAGUGCAGAGCGAGUGGAGCGAAGGAAGUGCUUCGGUGCAAGGGGGUGGAGGAGGGGAUGUGGUGGAUGGAUACGCGCAGGGCGUGCCAUAUGAGCAGGACAUGCCAGGGGAGAGCGAGCGUUCCGGAGAUUCUAGUGAGGGCGGUAGCACUGAUGUGGGAAUUGACCGCCUGUCUCAACAACGGCUUGGUAACCCUCCGGAUGUGAGGGCAAGGGCUGCCGUGCGAAAUGCCGGGAGUUUGCCAAUUGGAUCGGUGGAGUCGCUUGCACAUCAGCUCGCACAGUCCCCAGUGAAGAUUCGCGACAAUGAGUUGCUACCGGAUGUCGAACUCAGCGAGGCUAGUCGUCGAGAAUCUUCUGUCGAAAAGGUUGCACCGGCGCUGUACGAUACAACCAACUGGGAGCAAGAGGUCUUGGAACAAGAACGCGAAGCCCACCGCGAGUAUGGUGAUGAAGGGAACGUACUGGAAGAUCUUGCACUCUACUCAACUGCGUCUGGUGAGGAUGUGGAUGGGUUGCCGCCUCCAGAAGGUAUCCAGCUGCCAGACUAUGCGCCGUUGACAGGUGGAAUGGCUGGGGAAGACAGAUUCUCAGACGAGAGCUUCGAUCCCACCCAGGACUUUCCCGAAAGAGAUUCAUAUGUUUCUUAUGCUUCGUAUGCCGCCGGGCGAGUUCCGGAGGAGGAGAUUAUUAGUCGGUACCGUCCUGAUCUCCAACCAGAUGAAGCACAGUUGGAAGCAACUUUCGAAGAAGAUCCUAGAAACAACCGACGCUUCCGUCAAUCAACGAGGGCCGAAGACAUGCCUUCUAGGCGGAGAAGGAAGGAAAGUGUGCGUUCCCAAAAUCAAGUUGAUUCUGCAGCUCCGAUGCAGCGAUUUUCGGCGCUUGUAUCACGGAUUCUUGCAGCAACUGAUAGACCGUCGCAACGGCGACAGAGGAGAGCGCGUGUGGUUGAAGUGGAAGAUACGGAACUUGACAUGUUGGAUCAAGGGUUUGAUGGUUUUUAUGAUCCACCAUUACGAGGAAACGGGGACAUGAGAGAGGCUGGUAACGUUGAUAUUUGAUUAAAGAAGCAGUAUAGAGUCACGUCAACAAUGUUAGCGCGAUAAGAUGAGGUUGAAUCGGCGUA